CGCAAAACGACGACCAGGGACAGCAACAACCGAUGCUGCAAGGAGGCGGGGGGACCCCGAGCAGCGUAGACUGGAGGGCCGUGAACAAAGUGAACGGCAACCAGGGGGGCCAGGAAGGCGCCGCCGAGCUUGCCGAAGAGCACCGCCUGGAGCGCAGCGCCGGGCUUAUGGCCGCGCAGCUCAGAGAGGCUGCGGCCAGAAAGACUGGCGGGGCCGCCGUAGCCGAGGCGGCGCCGGUGGGGGGGGAGAGGAGGAGAAGAAGGAGGAGGAGGAAAAAAACAGGAGGGGGGGAGGAGCAGAGAUGAGCUGAGGCAGGCACGAACACUUCGCGAUGGCGCAGCGGUGAAAACCGGGGGGGCGAAAAGUUCAAACAGAGCAGAACUACGGGGCGAAAAUCCCGAACAGCGCGGGGAAGGGGGCAUGCAACGCCCAACGUGCACUGGACCCCAGACGGCCAGUGCAACGCUCCCGGAAUUCACCCGGACACAAGCCCUACAAGCCUGCAAAAAGCCCCCCCGUAAACCCGGACAGUAAACUUGAAUCCUAUACAGCGCAGCAGACAAAAACUGCACUGGACGACCAAGGAAUCGCAUUGAAAUCGGACUUUGCAGGAAAGGGCGUCGCUUCCCCGACUCUCCAACGUCCUUGGUGAAUCCGUGUCCAAGUCUCCCGGGGCCUGAUAAUGGCCCACCUCGCGGCCGGCCCCAGGCGCGUCGGCGGCGGCCCCCGCACGCCCGCGCGAACAGGCGGGGCCUCGCCGCGGUGCGGCCCGCCGCUGCUCCGCGCAUCACUGCUCCU